UGCAUGUGUUUAUUUUCUCCAGCUGUUACCAUGGAGGAGGUGACACGGCUGAUGUCGACCGGAGACUGCGUGAAGAUCUGGGAUGCGGUUUCCAUGGCGCCGGUGGAGCAGUUUAACCCACACAGCACAAGCCACCCUGUCGCUCAGGCCUGCUGGAGCUCCAACAACCAGUACCUGGUCAGCGCCAGCAGCAGUGGGGACAAGCUGGUCGUUUCCAGCCUCAAGUCGACUCCUGUGCCGGUGGUGGAGCUGGCCGACGGGAAAAAGCAGACCCGGGUGUGUCUGAGCUCCUCGUCUCAGUUUGUGGUCAGCGGAGGUCUCGAUCACUGCGUGCACAUCUGGGACCUGAAGACCACGAGACUGCACCGCUCCCUCAAGGACCAUAAGGAGGAGGUGACAUGCGUGUCCUUUAAUGCCAACGACAGCUACGUCGCCUCCGGCUCCACCAGCGGAGACCUAGUCCUCCAUAGUCUGACCACCAACCUGUCCAGCAGGCCGUUCGGCCACGGCAGCAACCAGCCCAUCCACGACCUGAGGUUGUCCGCGGUGAAGCGCUCCCUGCUGGGCAGCGUGUCUGACAGCGGAACGGUGGUGCUGUGGGACUCCAACACCCAGAAGGAGCUGCACGUGUUCGACGGCGCCCACAAGGCCCCGGGCUCCGGCCUGGCCUUCUCGCCCACCAACGACCUGCUGGUCGUCAGCGUCGGCCUGGACAAGAAGAUCGUCUGCUACGACACCGCCAGCAAGAUCGUCCUGAGGUCCAUCCGCGUGGACAGUCCUCUGACAGCUGUGGACUUCACUCUGGACGGUACUGGGCUGGUGGUCGGGUCCACUCGCGGGAAGAUCUACCAGUACGACCUGAGAAACUCCAGCGCCCCCACCAGGAUCACAGUGGCCCAUAAAACCUCAGUGACCUGCCUGCGCUUCCAGAGCAACGCCAGCAAACACAAGUCCAGUAAAACUGGCUCCUCAAAAACUUCCAGCUCUAAGAGAUCCUCCACCAAGCUCCCCAGCAGCCAACCAGAUCCCACCGCCAGCACAGGCCCUGCCCCCAACAGACAGGUGACAAACACAGCAGGAGGCGCUGCUGUGGACGGGAUGUGUCGGGAAGCUGAAGGCCAGCAGGGGGCGGAGCAGUUCAGUAGCGUGGGACGAAACAGUCUGGACAUCUUCUCUCCCGCUCGCGAAGACCCGCCUACCCACGGGACCACCGCGAACACGCCAUUUGGACGAGGACAGGUUACCACUUUGGAGGUGAUGUCUAGAGAGGGGGAGGGUCAGCAGCUAACAGGCCGGUCCAGCCUGGACAUCUUCUCUCCACUCAGAGAAGACGCAGGUCCCAGCUCUCACAGGAAGACGCCACUGGGAACGCCGCUCGCAGCCUCGGCGGGGAGGUGCUACAGCCCGCUGUCCGUCUUCCAGACCCCUCCGGCUAUCAAAGAGGAGGAGCCAAACACAGCUGUAGCUGGAGAACUGUGUGACUCCAGAAAGUCUGACAAAGUCAGCUGUUCCAGUCUGGAGACACAGAGUCAGUCCACGCCCCCUAUGUCACAGUCAGCCAAUCACAGUCAGCUGGCCCCGCCCUUCUUCACGCCAGAGCCCAGCCUCCGGAGAGCCAAUGGCAUUCAGGCUCAGCUGAGCUACGACUCGCCUGUCCACGGAGCUCCACCCACCACCUCUGCAGCAGCAGGUCUGUCGGCUGCCGUUUCCUCGACUCUCUCUCAGAACAUCGCCGACGUGGUUGGACAGGCCGGAGCUGCUCCCCUCACCUCCCUGCAGAUCCACUUCAUCCAGAACAUGAUCCACGAAACUCUGGAGGAGUUCAGGAACGCCUGUCACAAAGACAUCAUCAACCUCCAGGUGGAGAUGAUCCGACAGUUUUACAUCCAGUUGACUGAGAUCCACUGUCUGAUAGAGAAAUACUCCGUCAACGACUCUCUGGUGGAGGAGAUCGAGAGGCUGAAGGAGGAGAACCGCCGGCUCAGGGCCAACUACUGACCGUCUGGAGCCUCGUUCUGGCUGCCUCCUCCCAUCCUGACGUCAGAUGGUCCAACAUGAACGUGUGUGUGUGUGUGUGUGUGUGUG